AUGGUUUCAAACUUAUUUUUAGAUUCAGUGGAAGGCGCAGUCACUGAGUCGUUAAAGACUAAUAGAAUAUUAGUAGUAUAUAACAGCGAUAAGUCAGAUGAUUGGCUUAAUCAAUGGUUUCAAGUAGAUGAAAAUAAUGUUACUCAUUUGAAAGGUGCUGCUGUUUGGUUGAAAUUAGUUAAAGGAACACCUCAGUUUCAAUAUUUUGAACAGGUUUUUCCUAAUGUUGUAGUGCCUAGUGUAUAUCUAGUAUUUAACGGUAAGAUUAAGACUAUCUUACAAGGUGAUACAACUCAUUCAAUGUGGGGACAAUUAUUGCAUUCGUUAGGAGUAGUUCCUGAAUCUGUUCCACACAAUAAACCAAAACCAGAAGUACCAUCGGGAACGUUUAGAGAAUCAGUUCAAGAAACAACUCAGCAGGUUUAUCAUGAUGAAGUCGUGAAGGAACGUAGAGCUGAUAAAGAAGAACGUGAACGUAUUUUGAGACUAUUGGAAGCUGAUAAAGAGGAAAGAAAAGCUGCAGAGGGCCAUUCACAAGAUUUAAACACAGAACCUAUUGAAGUUCGUGAUAAUAUUAAGGAUAGAAGAAGAUUACAUACGGCUAAUUGUACUUUACAAAUUAGAUUAACUAAUAGUGAAACAUUGACACGUACUUUUAAAUCUGAUGAUAUUCUGAAUGAAGUUAGAACUUGGGUUGAUGUUAAUAGAACUGAUGGGGAUCAUCCUUAUGCAUUUCAUAGAAAUAUCCCUCGUAUGACAUUUUCUGAAUCUGAUGAGAUGAAAACUUUAGAACAAUUGGAAUUAACGCCAAGGAGUGCUUUAAUUUUACAACCUUUAAACAUUACAGAUAGAAACAUAAAAAUUGCUGAAGCUCAACAAGCUGGUCUAUUAAAUAAAGUUUAUUCAGGAUUUUCUUCUUGGUGGGGAACUUCACCAUCAGAACAACAACAUUUCCAAGCAUCUUCUUCACCAUAUUUACCUUCGGAACAUCGUACGGAACUGAAUCAUCAUCAACAAUCGUCAUCGAAAAUCAUUGCUGCGAGCGAUCCUCAAAUCAAUAGAGAACAAUCAGACACUAAUAUAAAUUCAAGAUCUGUAACGCCAAACGUUUAUCAGUUGGUGAAUUCUGACGAUUUGAACGAUGAUCAUGAAAAAAACACAUACAAUGGUAAUAAUGUUUCUCUCGAAAAAAAUGAUGAUGAUAAAUAA